AUGAUGAACAUUUUCUGUAGUCGUAAAUCUGAUUUCGAAUCAGCCAGAUUGAAUGUGAGUUCAUUUUUUCAUUUCUUUUUUUGUUCUUGAAAAAACUAAAUUACAUUUUUCAGGAUUCGUUCAAUAUAGUUCAAUUUGAGCGCGUUUAAAUUUGAUGAAUCAAUCAAGAGAAAUGAAAUGUGAAGUUCUCAAAAAUCUAUUCUCGAUGAUGUUAGUGUUGGAAAUCAACCAAAGAUUUCGGAAUCAUCGAAUUGUCCUGAAGAUGAAAAUUCUUGGAAUUUCACGAUUUCCUUGCAUGGAAUUGAUUAUUCGAAUGAGUUGAUUCAUGUAAAUGUAAGUUUUUGGAUCGAACUUUUCUUUGGACCGUCCACAAACAUUUGUUUUUUUUUUCAGAUUUCGUGUAACUCGCCUUCACUUUUUUUUUUCUUCAAUAUCAACUGCUUUUCAAUUUCUUUCUAAACGUAAGUUUUAAAAAAAAAAUUCUUUUUUUUUAUCCAAAAAAUCCAUGUUUCAGAAGAUAUACUACAACAACAACAACAAAUAUCGUCUUCAACUAAAUAAGUAAUUCUGUAGGUUUUUUUCUGUGUUUUUUCUUCAUGUCACACACUUUCCCCUUUUUCUUUCUUAGCUGAAAAUCAGGUAGAAAAUCGAAUGCAAAAUUUUUAAUCGAGAGAUUCAAUCCCCAGAAUUUCAAUUGAUUUCCAUUUCGAAAUUAGUGGGAAAAAUUUCUAGGAUUUUUUAAGGUUAAAAAAUGGGAUUCCACUUUUUUUGGGAAUUCUAAAGGCUAGUCGGAAGCUAGGAAAGUUGAUAAGUUUUUCUGAAUUUUUGGGUGUUUUUCUAGGAAUUUUAGUGAGAUUGGCGAGUGGGAAGUUUUAUAAGCAGAGGGAGAAUUUGUAGGGAAUUUGGGAUGGGUUUUGAGUAAGGAUGCGGUUGGUUUUUUGAGAGGUUUUAGGAAUAAUAUUUGUGAACUUGAAUAAAGUAAGUUUGGGUAAGUUUGUAGUUUGAGUUUGGGUAGAAUGAAAAGUGAAGUUUAGGUUAGAAAUAAAUCUAGGAAACUUUUUUUCAAAAAAAAAAUCAUUUGAAAAACUUGCUCCAAUUUGUCCUUGUCCGUGUUCUUGUCUUUUGUCCCGUGUUUUUGUCCUUUGUCCCGUAUGUUCUUGUCUUUUUCAGAAAACAGGUAAUUUUUUGCACCUUUUUUAUUGGAGCAAGUUUCAUUUUGAUUUUUAUUGAAAAAAAGUUUUGAGAUUUUUUCAGAGAUUAAUAAUUAAAAAAAAUGAAUUUUCUACCCAAACGAUUAGGUUACUUAUUUCCAGGUUUAUAGUUCACAAAUCUGAAAACUAGAUAAUCUCGAAAAAUCUUUCAAUUCCCCUCAAAAUCUUUCUCAAAUUUUUUAUUAAUUUUUUCAAAACUUAUAUGAUUUCUUACAAUCUGGUUUCAUUAACUUUUCUAGUUGGAUAUUCAGAAAUUUGGAUUAAUUUAUCAAUUUUUCCUAGCUGAUGACAAAACUUUUCGAAUUCUUAAAACUAGUGAGAUCCCAUAAACUUUUUAAAAUUCUAGGAUUUUUUCCCAAUAUUUUCGAAGUGGAAAUCAUGCGAAACUGGGGGUUUUUCAGUAUUUUAUAUUCGAUUUUUCUAUCUGUAUUUUCAGCACCUCUCCCCCUAAUUUUCUGUAAUUAUUUAAUCUUGUACUUGAUUCGUUCGCUUUAUUUUCGUUUAAUUUCUAUUAAACUUAUAAUAGAAAACUUUAUUCGUUGGUUUUUAUUCAAAAGUUUGCAAACUUUUCAAAAUAUCUCAUUUAUUUAUUUAUUAAUUAUUACAUUUCAGUGUUUUUUUCUUCGUUUCUUCUCGAUUCAAUGGAUUUUCAAAGGUAUUUAUGUGUUUUUUGUUCACUUUAUGUUUUAUGUUCUCAACCGAUUGGCCAAUGGAUUUUCGAGCACUUUUUUUGCACUAGGUCUGUGUUAUAAUCGUGGAGAAAAGGAUGCACAAAAUUCCGAAGUUAUCGAAUCUGGCGGAAAUUUGGGUUCGAACAAGCCAUUUCAAUUUGCACAAAUUUCUCAAGUUUUGGAAGUUCGCUGAAAAAAAGGAUUAUUCUACCGUUUUUGGUGUCUGGAGUAAUAACUGAGCUGGUUUGAAAUUAAGGUAAGAAUUAUGAAAACAGUAUCAAUUUCGGUAAUAUAAUCAUAUUACUCUCAGGAAUCUGGAAUUUUAUUUCGAAAAAAAUCUCUAAAAUUCCUGAAACCCGAAAAUUUGAAUAAUUUCGGAAAAUUCAUAAAUUUUCUGACGUGACCCAUUUUUCUGCGAACUUCAAAAUGUUUCUUUUUAAAAUUCAUUUUUGAGUUUUUGAAAAAUUGAAAAGUGUGAGAAUGUCAUGAAAAAAUUGAAGCUGAAUUUCAGUGUAUAAUUCUCAAGAGUAUGAUUUAGGACUUUCCAAAAAUUAUAUGAAAUUUUUCCAUUUUUCAACAGAAGGUCGAGUUAAUUUUCAGAUAUUCCAUUCCUCCGAGCUGCUUUAAAUCCAGCCGAUCAUUGUUCUGAUUUUGCCUCGCGACCACUUCAUGGAAAGGAUUUCGAUUUUGUUCAAAAAGGAGUGAGUAUUUUUUGGAAAUAAAAACUUUGAAAAUUUUGGAAUUUUAAUUUGAAACUGAUAAAAUUUCUAUUUUUCUUGAAAAACUUGAAAAAUGGAUGAUUUUAUCAGUUACAAAUUGAAAUUUCAGCGGAGAUGCGGAAGCUAUGCCCAAUUUUUGAAUUUUUAUUCAAAAACUUUAAAUUUUCGAAUAAUAAAUUAAUUGAUCCUUUUUUUCAGAUCGAAAUACAACAAUAUGAAAUGGUUCCAAAUCAAUUGUGA